AGAUGGCGGCGGGCUCGGUCGGCGCAGCAGGCGGGCCGGUCCGCGGGCUGUCGACGGGCGACACGCAAGCGCAACAGGUAGGUUAAGAUUCACGGUCCGUCGCAUUUGCUGGUCCUAUGCGCACGACGCGGCCCUCGCGUACAACCACACGAACCGCGACCGACGAAAUGUACGGGGAUCAUCGGUGAUCGGGUGAAGUGAUCGUAUUAUAGUGAUAGUUCAACAACUAGUGCUUGUGUCUGUGAUAUGACGAGGACCAGCUCCGGCGUUUGACCGAGCAGCACUCAGCAGCGGAUCUUAACGAUCGAGCUGGUGACCACAUGCCGCCGACAUCAUGGUGAUCGUUACCAGGGGCGAUUACAUAUGGAUCGAGCCGGUGUCGGGUCGGGAGUUCGACGUGGCGAUCGGCGCCCGCGUACUGGCCGCCGAAGGACGUCGGAUACGCGUCCGGGACGACGACGGCAACGAACAAUGGCUGCCGCCGGAGCGACGCAUCAAGGCGAUGCACGCCACGUCCGUGCACGGCGUCGAGGACAUGAUAUCGCUAGGGGACCUGCACGAAGCCGGCAUACUCAGGAAUCUGCUCAUCAGAUAUAAUGAGAAUCUCAUUUAUACCUACACCGGAUCCAUUUUAGUGGCGGUGAAUCCUUACCAAAUACUGCCCAUUUACACGGCGGACCAGAUCAAGUUGUACAAGGAGAGGAAAAUAGGCGAGCUGCCGCCUCACAUCUUCGCGAUAGGUGACAAUGCGUACGCGCACAUGCGCCGGUACAAACAGGACCAAUGUAUUGUCAUCAGCGGUGAAUCGGGGGCCGGGAAGACGGAGUCUACGAAACUGAUCCUUCAGUACUUGGCGGCGAUUAGUGGGAAGCAUUCGUGGAUAGAACAACAGAUCCUUGAAGCGAAUCCCAUUCUCGAAGCCUUCGGUAACGCAAAGACUGUCAGGAACGACAACUCCUCCCGGUUCGGCAAAUACAUCGACAUCCAUUUCAACAACAGUGGGGUCAUAGAAGGUGCUAAGAUAGAACAAUAUCUUCUAGAAAAGUCUAGAAUAGUUUCCCAAGGAGCUGAAGAGAGGAACUACCAUGUAUUUUAUUGUCUGCUAGCUGGCUUGUCGAAGGAGGAAAAGAAGAAAUUGGAAUUAACUGAGCCGUCUGAAUACAGAUACUUAUCAGGGGGCGGAAGUUUUACCUGCGAAGGCAGAGACGAUGCCGCUGAGUUCGCCGACAUACGAUCGGCCAUGAAGGUUUUAUUGUUCACUGAACCAGAAAUAUGGGAAAUACUAAAAUUAUUGGCAGCUGUUUUGCAUUGCGGUAACAUUAAGUACGAAGCAACUGUCGUCGACAACUUGGAUGCUACUGAAAUCAUAGAACAAGCGAAUGUGAGGAGAGUUGCGACGCUGCUAGGUGUUCCGAUGCAGUCCCUAAUUGACGCACUUACUAGAAAGACUUUAUUCGCCCACGGAGAAACUGUAAUAUCAACCCUCAGCAAAACACAAUCUGUAGACAUUAGGGAUGCUUUCGUCAAAGGAAUUUACGGAAGACUGUUCGUCACCAUUGUUAAGAAAAUCAACGCCGCUAUCUAUAGACCAAAGUCCACAAUGCGGACAGCCAUCGGUGUACUAGACAUAUUUGGAUUUGAAAAUUUCGAUCAGAACAGCUUCGAACAAUUCUGUAUAAACUUUGCUAAUGAGAACUUGCAGCAAUUUUUCGUCAGACACAUAUUUAAAUUAGAACAGGAAGAAUACAAUCAUGAAGGAAUUAAUUGGCAACACAUCGAGUUUGUUGACAAUCAAGAUGCAUUGGAUUUGAUUGCGUUAAAGCAACUGAACAUCAUGGCUCUGAUUGACGAAGAGUCGAAGUUCCCAAAGGGUACUGAUCAAACCAUGUUAGCAAAGUUACACAAGACCCACGGUCUGCACAGAAACUACCUCAAGCCAAAGUCAGAUAUAAACACCAGUUUUGGUCUCAACCACUUCGCUGGUAUAGUGUUUUACGAUACUAGAGGAUUCCUCGAGAAAAAUCGGGACACAUUUAGCGCUGAUUUGUUACAACUAAUUCAUAUUUCAACAAAUAAAUUCCUGCAGCACAUUUUCCAAGACGAUAUUGCAAUGGGGUCAGAGACCCGGAAGCGAACUCCAACACUUUCUACUCAAUUCAAGAAGUCUCUUGACUUACUAAUGAGAACAUUGGGCACUUGCCAGCCUUUCUUUAUUCGAUGUAUUAAACCUAACGAAAUCAAGAAACCUAUGAUGUUCGACCGCGGUCUGUGUUGCAGGCAACUUAGAUACUCUGGUAUGAUGGAGACGAUAAGAAUAAGGAGAGCUGGUUACCCCAUCAGACACAGCUUCAAAGAGUUCGUUGAAAGAUACCGCUUCUUAAUUUCUGGGGUUCCACCGGCGCACAAAACUGAUUGUCGUGCAGCAACUGCAAAGAUAUGCGCACAAGUUCUUGGAAAAUCAGACUACCAGUUGGGACAUACCAAAGUUUUCCUUAAAGAUGCUCAUGACUUGUUCCUUGAGCAAGAAAGAGACCGAGUUCUUACAAGAAAGAUAUUAAUACUCCAAAGAUCUAUCCGAGGGUGGGUGUACCGCAGACGGUUCCUGAAGAUGCGAGCCGCUGCCAUCUUGAUACAACGACACUGGCGAGGCAAGCUGCAAAGGAUUCGGUACAACAAGAUGAAGGUCGGAUACGCGAGGCUGCAAGCGCUGAUCCGUGCGAGAGUCUUAGCUCACCGGUUCAGGCACCUCAGGGGCCACAUCGUUUCUCUACAAGCAGCAGCCCGCGGUUAUCUAGUCCGCCGUUCGUACGGGCACAAGAUGUGGGCAAUCGUGAAGAUCCAGAGCCACGCGCGGCGUCUGAUCGCGAUGCGUCGCUACCGGCGCAUGCGGCAGGACGCGCGCGCGCACACCGAGGCGCUGCGCCUGCGCAAGCAGGAGGAGCAGCGGCUGCAGCACCAGGGGAACACGCGCGCCAAGGAGAUCGCCGAGCAGAACUACAGGGAACGCAUGUAUGAGUUGGAGCGGCGCGAAGCAGAAUUGGCCCUGGAAGAAAAGAAGCAACUUGAAGCAAAGAGGACGUUACUCCAAGAGGCAGCUCGCAAGCAGGACGAACCUGUGGACGACAGCAAGCUGGUGGAAGCCAUGUUCGACUUCCUACCUGACUCCAGCAGCGAAGCGCCGGCGCCCAAGGACACCUCGGUGUUCAGUGAUCUGCCACAACAGAGAGCUGAUCAGCAAGAGAUGGUAACUCCAAUGCAAACUACAUCGGAAGAUGAAGAAGAUUUGUCGGAGUUCAAGUUCCAGAAGUUUGCAGCAACUUACUUCCAAGGGAAUGUCACUCAUCAAUACUCGAGGAAGCCCUUGAAACACCCACUUUUGCCUCUACACACACAAGGCGAUCAGCUGGCCGCACAAGCGCUAUGGAUUACAAUACUGCGGUUUACCGGCGACCUCCCGGAGCCACGAUACCACACCAUGGACCGGGACAACACAUCCGUGAUGUCCAAAGUAACUGCCACCCUCGGAAGGAACUUCAUCAGGUCCAAGGAGUUCCAAGAAGCUCAGAUGAUGGGCGUAGAUCCUGACGCUUAUCUGAACAAACAGAAGCCGAGGUCAAUCAGACAUAAGCUUGUCUCUUUGACUCUAAAGAGAAAGAACAAGCUUGGUGAAGAUGUCAGAAGAAAAUUGCAGGAUGAAGAAUACACAGCAGACAGCUAUCAAUCAUGGUUGGAAUCACGCCCAACAUCAAAUCUAGAAAAAUUACAUUUUAUUAUUGGGCAUGGUAUUCUGCGGGCUGAGCUGCGUGAUGAGAUAUACUGUCAGAUAUGUAAACAACUGACAAACAACCCCUCAAAGUCCUCCCACGCCAGAGGAUGGAUUUUACUUUCGUUAUGUGUGGGAUGCUUCGCACCUAGUGAAAAGUUCGUAAAUUACCUGAGAGCCUUCAUCAGAGAAGGGCCUCCUGGGUACGCACCGUAUUGUGAAGACCGUUUGAAGCGGACUUUCAAUAAUGGUACUAGGAACCAACCCCCGUCCUGGUUGGAGCUUCAAGCAACCAAGUCUAAAAAGCCUAUAAUGCUCCCUAUUACAUUUAUGGAUGGUAACACAAAGACCCUACUAGCGGACUCGGCAACAACUGCUAGAGAACUCUGCAAUCAGUUGUCUGACAAAAUUGGACUUAAGGACCAAUUUGGUUUCUCGCUCUACAUUGCUCUGUUUGACAAAGUCAGUUCUCUAGGCAGUGGAGGAGAUCACGUCAUGGAUGCAAUAUCACAGUGCGAACAAUAUGCAAAGGAACAAGGCGCUCAAGAAAGAAAUGCGCCCUGGCGAUUGUUCUUCAGAAAAGAAAUAUUCGCUCCGUGGCACGAUCCGACCGAAGAUCAAGUAGCCACAAACCUAAUUUAUCAGCAGGUGGUCCGAGGAGUUAAAUUUGGCGAAUAUAGGUGCGACAAAGAAGAAGAUCUGGCGAUGAUAGCUGCUCAACAGUAUUACAUUGAAUACGGCCAAGACAUGAAUACUGAGCGGCUGUACACGUUACUACCAAAUUACAUACCAGAUUAUUGUCUAACUGGUGUUGAAAAAGCAGUUGAUCGGUGGGGUGCUCUAGUAGUACAAGCCUACAAAAAGAGUUACUAUGUGAAAGAAAAAGUUCCUGCCUACAGAGUGAAAGAAGACGUAGUAAGCUACGCAAAGUUCAAGUGGCCUCUAUUGUUUUCUAGAUUCUAUGAAGCUUAUCGAAAUUCUGGACCUAAUUUACCUAAGAAUGAUGUUAUUAUAGCAGUUAACUGGACCGGUGUAUAUGUGGUUGACGAUCAAGAACAGGUGCUAUUGGAGUUGUCGUUCCCUGAAAUUACGACUGUUUCCAGCCAAAAAACAAACAAAGUUUUCACACAAACAUUUAGUCUUGCCACUGUUCGUGGUGAAGAGUUUACCUUCCAAAGUCCGAACGCUGAAGACAUACGUGAUCUAGUUGUGUACUUCUUGGAGGGAUUAAAAAAGAGGUCCAAGUUUGUAAUAGCUUUACAAGACUACAAAGCACCUGGAGAAGGCUCGAGUUUCUUGACAUUCAACAAAGGAGAUCUGAUUAUUUUAGAGGAGGAUAGUACAGGGGAGUCUGUGUUAAACAACGGUUGGUGCAUCGGUCGCUGCGAGAGGUCUAUGGAAAGGGGCGACUUCCCUGCAGAGACUGUGUAUGUGUUACCGGCAUUAACUAAACCUCCACCAGAUAUUUUGGCGCUAUUUUGUCAAGAAGGUGCAUCACAUGGCCGUCGUGCGCCAACAGCCACAUACAAUGGCACUGAAACUAGAGACAAACCCCACACCUUGCUAGAAUAUGCAAUGGAUCACUUCCGGUUGCCACCGAAACGCACCGUGUCCAAAGCUUUAACCCUUUCCACAGCUAAGAGGGGAGGAUCUGAAGAGCUCUGGCGACACUCAAGAGAGCCAAUCAAACAACCGUUGUUGAAAAAGCUGCAAGCCAAAGAGGAAUUAGCCGAAGAGGCUUGUUUUGCAUUCACUGCCAUUCUUAAGUAUAUGGGCGACCUGCCCUCAAAGCGUCCUCGCAUCGGUAAUGAGUACACUGAUCACAUAUUCGAUGGUCCUCUAAAACACGAGAUUCUGCGCGACGAGAUAUACUGUCAAGUUAUGAAACAGCUUACAGACAACCGAAACAGAAUGUCAGAGGAAAGAGGAUGGGAGUUGAUGUGGUUGGCCACUGGCUUGUUUGCGUGUAGUCAAGGGUUACUUAGAGAAUUAACGCUGUUUUUAAGGACAAGAAGAUACCCUAUAGCUCAAGACUCGCUCCAAAGACUUCAGAAGACUUUAAGAAACGGGCAGCGGAAGUACCCUCCUCACCAAGUGGAGGUGGAGGCCAUUCAGCACAAGACCACUCAGAUAUUCCACAAAGUGUACUUCCCGGACGACACCGACGAGGCGUUUGAAGUGGACUCGUCGACUAGAGCGAAAGACUUCUGUCAAAACAUCGCUCAAAGACUGAAUCUCAGAUCUAGUGAAGGCUUUAGUUUAUUCGUUAAGAUAGCUGAUAAGGUGAUAUCGGUGCCUGAGGGUGACUUCUUCUUCGACUUCGUGCGGCACCUCACGGACUGGAUCAAGAAGGCGCGGCCGACGCGCGACGGUAUCACACCGCAGUUCACAUACCAGGUGUUUUUCAUGAAGAAGUUGUGGACGAACACAGUGCCGGGCAAGGACCGCGCGGCCGACGUGAUCUUCCACUUCCACCAGGAGCUGCCGAAGCUGCUGCGCGGCUACCACCGCUGCGGGCGGGACGAGGCCGCGCGCCUGGCCGCGCUCGCCUACCGCGCGCGCUUCGGGGACAACAAGCAGGAGCUGCAGGCCAUACCGCAAAUGCUACGCGAAUUGAUACCAGCCGAUUUGAUCAAACUGCAAAGUUCCGCGGACUGGAAACGAGCGGUAGUAGCCUCAUACAACCAGGACGCCGGCAUGACGCCCGAAGACGCCAAGAUCACCUUCCUCAAGGUCAUCUACCGCUGGCCCACCUUCGGGUCAGCCUUCUUCGAGGUCAAGCAGACCACGGAACCCAAUUAUCCCGAAUUGCUGCUUAUUGCUAUUAAUAAACAUGGAGUCAGCUUGAUACAUCCUCAGUCGAAGGAUAUACUGGUGACGCAUCCAUUCACGAGAAUAUCGAACUGGUCUUCGGGCAACACUUACUUCCACAUGACGAUCGGUAACCUGGUCCGCGGCUCCAAGCUGCUGUGCGAGACCUCGCUGGGCUACAAGAUGGACGACCUGCUGACGUCAUACAUCUCGCUCAUGCUCACCAACAUGAACAAGCAGCGCUCCGUCCGCGUCAAGUGACCUCACGGUAACACUCUGACGUCAUCGUAGUCAAACAUUCCAACCAUAGACCCAAUUAUACAUUUUUAUCCGCUUAUCGUUAAGGUCGCACGCUUCACGGCGGUAUAUUUAACUUAAGAUAGAAUUAGCCGCAUGUCAUUUACAUACAGUCAAAACGAAUGCUUAUAAAUAUUAAUGUCUUGCAUUUUCUACAUCACAAGUGCGCUGUAUGAAGUCUGGAGUAUACUUGUUGCACAAUAUGUAACGUCGCAAUACUUCGCUACACUUGCGUACUUCAGAGACAAAACUUCUGUAGAGAUGAUGUAUCCGUCCAUAUAUUAAGAUCCAAAUCAAAUAUAUAUCAUACGUAGAUAUUGACCGGUGUUACUGUUAACCCAAAUCUAAUCUGUUAUAGUUAUUAAGUACAACGAUCUAUGUAUGUAUUGUACUUCUCAAAACAUGAACUUCCAAGGCAAUUGUUAUCUAACAACUAACAGAAUACGUAACCUUGAUGUGUAAGAAGUAUCUAUUUAAUUUUAUUAAAAUUAUGUUUCGAUCUUAUUUUGGGAAAGAUUUUAAAAAUAUUUUCAAUGUAUGUCAUAUUUAUUCAGCUAAUAACAUCAAAUAGAGUGUCGAAAAGAUCUGUUACGGUAUAUUUAAUUAGGUGUUCGGUUAAAUAGCAUGUUAUGAAAUUAUCUAGUUUUGCUAAUUGUCAUUUCGAUAAGUGCCUAGCUUGCAGUGCAAUCACAAUAAGCAAACAUUUAGUUCACAAAUCAGAUAUUAUAAAUAAUACAUUUUAACUAAUAUCUUGAGAUUUAAAUUUAUAACGCACUGUUUAUAUUAGCAGAAAUUAAUAAAAUAAUUAACAGUGCCUUGACUUAAUAUAAACAUUCAUAAGAAUACACAUUGCUCGAUUUCUAUUGGUUAAAUUAAAAACAAAGCUAAAAGUUCUAUUUAUAAAUAUUUGUCUAUGAUCUACAGAGUUGUGAAAAAAAAGUUGUAACGAUAAAACUCGAGCAAUCUGUGGGUUUUCAAAUGAUUUUAGAUGUUUAUAUAUUUAUACAGUAACCGUUUAGCAUAACAUAAAAUACAUAGGAAACAUCAAUGUAUUUAUUUAAUAGGUAAAGGAGUUCGUAAGUAUGUAUAAAAUAUUGUCAUUGUUAUGCCAUGAGUUCAGUGACAAUUACAUUAUGUUUGUUUUAUUAAUUUCGCUUUAAAGUAAAAAAAGUUGCAUUUGUGAGUGGUUGUAAACAUGAGUCACAAUGA